CGCAUUCAUGGCACAUUUUGGUGUUUCUUGACAUAUUAUUCAGCUUCAUCGACGGGGUAUUAGCGAGUGACGUUAGUAAUAGUCAUGAUAAGGUGAUGAAAUAUUGGAUGAAAUACAAUUGCAGCAAUGCAUCAAUUCACCUAACAAGAUGAAGCUUCUGUCUGAGGCUUACCAUGAGGCGGAAAUCCUGGUUGAGGAGCCUGCUGGCGGUAUGUCUCGCUGUGCACGUCGGAAGCUAUGUUGUGGAGAGAGGUGACACACGUGUGAACAAUAUUGUUCUACGGGAGCAAAACAAUGUCCUCAGGCAGAGGGCUGAGAAUAGCAUCCAUUCAUCGUUUAAAGAGACAGAAACCACCACCACCACCAGCCCUGCUCCGCAAUGUGUCCUGCCUCCGGGAAUGGCUGAGGAGAUACAGGGCUACCAGAAGGUAGUUGAUCGCAUCAUUGACUACGUGACGACCGGUGACUUCAAGGGACAGGUGUACGGUCACCUGGCUGACCUCGUCGACUUCUUCGGGCCGCGAAUGACCGGUACCGGCGAGCUGGAGGCAGCCAUAGACUGGAUGGUUGAGAAGUCCAUCGCUCAGAACCUGGAGAACGUGCACACCGAGGAUGUGCUGGUGCCUCACUGGGUCAGGAACAACGAGUCAGCCUGGAUGACUCUGCCUCGCCUCAAACAACUCCACAUUAUGGGUCUGGGCAGCUCUGUGGGCACCCCGCCCCAGGGCAUCACCGCGGACGUGUUGGUCGUGAAGAGUUUUGACGAACUAAAAAAGCAAAGUUUCAAGGCUGCUGGUAAAAUAGUAGUCUUCAAUCCAACAUGGGAAUCGUACGGGGUCACUGUUCAGUACAGAUCGCAGGGGGCAUCUGAGGCGGCCAAGGCUGGGGCUGUGGCAGCGCUGGUUGUGUCGAUCACGCCCUUCUCCAUCGCAAGCCCGCACACGGGCCAGCAAUACUACAGUGUAGAGAACAAGAUCCCUGUGGCGUCAAUCACCAUGGAAGAUGCCAACAUGAUGGAGCGCAUGCAGGCCAGAGGUCAGAAGAUCACAAUCAAACUAAUCAUGGGCGCCGAAAACUUUCCGGAUACGAUCUCGAGAAACACUGUGGCGGAGAUCUUGGGAACACAUCAACCCAACGAGACGGUGCUGGUGUCUGGCCACCUCGACUCUUGGGACGUGACGGAAGGAGCCAUGGACGACGGAGGUGGCAUGAUGAUGUCGUGGGCGGCGCUGGUGGUGAUGAGGAAACUUAGCAUCAGGCCACGUCGCACAGUACGGGCUGUGCUUUGGACCGGCGAGGAGCAAGGCCUUUAUGGAGGAAUUGAGUAUUUCAAACGACACCAACAUGACCACAAGCAGUUCCAGUUGAUCAUGGAGUCGGACAGCGGGACCUUCGCGCCGCAGGGCAUCUCCUUCAGCGGUACCACUGAGGCUACGUGUAUCAUGAAGGAAGUAAUGAAGCUGUUCCAUCGCAUCAACGCUACUCAGCUGACGAACCCCAUGACAGGCGGUCCCGACAUACAGGUGUGGGAGAAACUCGGGGUCCCGACAGGCGGCCUUAAAAACGACAACGAUCGAUACUUCUGGUACCACCACAGUCAAGGCGACUCCCUCAUGGUGGAGGACUCAGACGUGCUGGAUCGUUGCCUCGCCCUCUGGACCUCCGUUGCAUUUGUCCUCGCCGAUAUAAGGGAGCGGCUUCCUCACCAGUAGGUUCUGGACAUCUCCGAAGCCGGCAGUAGAUAACUGUUUCCCUUUGGCUUGAAGGAUAAUACAGCGCAGUAUGGGUCGUGACGUUCCCUUUGCUAUGCUGACCGUCAUGAUUAUGUCAGCGACUCAGCUGCCACUCUGAUUUCUUUGUGGUCCAACGAAGACUAACCGUUUGGCGAGAAAUCUUAAGGUGUUCCCGUAUUUAUAUAGCUAGUAAAGUAUAGUAAAGUCUUCAGCUCGAAUAUGUAACCUAUUACAUAAAAAAAAAAAAAAAACUAUAGGCAGCACGGCAGAUAAUGUUUUGAAUUUUUCAGUUGAUGCUAAAAUCGGCUCACCAUUAUAUACUAAGCUGACAACUUGAAGUGUACAAGUAAAGGUUGCCGUAGCUUCACUGCGCAUCGAGUUCCUUGAAAUGUAUACACUUAGUAUAAAAUUUUCUCAAUAAAUGAGAUGUGAAAUGCACACAUGAAAAAAUAAGUAAUAAUAUAUGCAUGUAAAAAAAAAAAAAAAAUACAGUGGUUUCUGUAUCAUUCCUGCUUCCUUCUGUCCCUUAACGAAGCUCACCCCCCUCACCAUAAACAACACUCACUCACAUG